AUGGAAUUCUGUCUCCAAGAUUCGGGUGACGACCGCGUGUCGCUGAAACGCAUUGACAUGGACAGGUCGUCAUAUGACUCUUCAACAAAUCAUUCGGGCAGUCCAGCUCAGCUCGGUGUCACCGCUGCCACCGCAAAUAGAAGGCGCGCCGCGAGAGCGCCGCGAACUGCAAGGUCGGCCGCACGCGUCUACCAAUGGAUCCUCCCCCCCUCUUCUCUAACCCCCCCCCCCCUCCCCCCCACUCCGCCGCACAUUGAUCAAUGGGCAGCACGUGGCGAUCGAUACUAUUUGCGGGAGGGGGCGCUGAGGGGCAAACGGCCGAUCUGUCAAAGCGCUGACAACGGCGCCGGGCGACUGUUUAUCGCUGCGGCCGGCCGGGCCACUGAUAAU